CGCGUCCUCGGCCCCCUCCUUCCCUCCGCCGUGCUCCGGUUCUGCCGCCCGCUCCUGGCCCCCGUGCCACCUCCUGCCUCCCGCGCGGCGAUGGCGACUCCGGACCAAAAAUCGCCCAACGUUCUGCUGCAGAGCCUGUGCUGCCGCAUCCUGGGCAAGAGCGAAGCUGAUGCAGCCCAACAGUUUCAGUAUGCCGUGAGAGUUAUUGGAAGCAACUUUGCUCCCACUGUUGAGCGUGAUGAAUUUCUUGUAGCGGAGAAAAUCAAGAAAGAACUUGUGCGACAAAGAAGGGAAGCAGAUGCUGCUUUGUUUUCAGAACUCUACAGAAAGCUCGGUUCACAGGGCAUUUUGAAAAACAAAUGGUCAAUACUCUACCUCCUGCUAAGCCUUAGUGAAGAUCCACGUAAACAGUCUAACAAGGUGUCAAGUUAUCCCACGCUUUUUGCUCAAGCAUUGCCACGGGAUGCUCACUCAACCCCUUAUUACUAUGCCAGGCCUCAGACCCUUCCAUUGAAUUACCAGGACCGCAGUGCUCAGUCUGCCCAGAGUUCCUGCAGCAUGGGGAGCAGUGGGAUCAGCAGCAUCAGCCUCUAUGCCCUAAAUGGGCCAACUCCAACUCCACAGUCACUCAUUCCAGGACAAUCCUAUCAAGCUGCAGGUGUUGGAGAUUGCCUCCGUCAGCAGCUGGGUUCACGUCUUGCAUGGACUUUGACUGCAAGCCAGCCUUCCUUACAAAGCACUACCUCAAAAGGCUUCCCAAAUGCUGUCUCUCGUGCUGUGCCGAGGUCCAGGCGAGAAGGGGACACAAGUGGUUCUGUUGAAAUAACGGAAGCAAAUCUUGUAAGAGAUGUUUUAUAUGUCUUCCAGGGAAUAGAUGGCAAAAACAUCAAAAUGUGCAAUUCUGAAAAUUGCUAUAAAGUGGAGGGAAAGGUGAGCUUGUCAAAAUCUCUCCGAGAUACUACAAGCAGACUUGCAGAGCUGGGGUGGCUCCAUAACAAAAUAAGGAAAUACACAGACCAGAGGAGUUUGGAUCGUGCAUUUGGACUGGUGGGACAGAGUUUUUGUGCAGCCUUACAUCAGGAACUUAAAGAAUACUACCGACUUCUGUCUGUUUUGCAUUCUCAGUUACAACUGGAAGAUGAUCAGGGUGUGAAUUUGGGACUUGAGAGCAGUUUAACACUUCGCCGACUUCUAGUCUGGACAUACGACCCCAAAAUAAGGUUAAAGACCCUUGCAGCACUUGUUGAUCACUGUCAAGGGAGAAAAGGUGGUGAACUAGCCUCAGCAGUUCAUGCCUAUACUAAAACAGGAGAUCCCUACAUGAGAUCUCUGGUUCAGCACAUUCUUGGCCUGGUAUCCCAUCCUGUCCUGAACUUCCUGUAUCGCUGGAUUUACGAUGGAGAGCUGGAGGAUACAUACCAUGAGUUUUUUGUAGCUUCAGAUCCUACAGUUAAAACUGAUCGGUUGUGGCAUGACAAAUACACUUUGAGGAAAUCAAUGAUCCCAUCUUUUAUUACAAUGGAGCAGUCAAAAAAGGUCCUUUUAAUAGGAAAAUCCAUAAACUUCUUGCAUCAAGUUUGUCAUGACCAAACUCCAUCCACAAAGAUGAUUGCUGUUGCAAAAUCUGCAGAGUCUUCAAAAGAUGCUGCUGAUUUGUUCACAGAUCUGGAAAAUGCAUUUCAAGAGAAAAUUGAUGCAGCUUAUUUUGAAACCAGCAAAUACCUGCUGGAUGUUCUCAAUAAGAAGUACAAUUUGCUGGAACACAUGCAGGCCAUGAGGCGCUACUUGUUACUUGGUCAAGGAGACUUUAUCAGGCAUUUAAUGGACUUGCUCAAGCCAGAGCUUGCACGUCCAGCUACAACCUUGUAUCAGCAUAAUCUGACUGGAAUCCUGGAAACGGCCGUGAGGGCCACGAAUGCCCAGUUCGAUAAUCCCGAGAUUCUCAAGCGAUUGGAUGUGCGACUUCUGGAGGUAUCUCCUGGGGACACUGGAUGGGAUGUCUUCAGCUUGGACUAUCAUGUUGAUGGGCCAAUAGCAACGGUGUUUACACGUGAGUGCAUGAGCCACUAUCUAAGAGUAUUUAAUUUCCUUUGGAGAGCAAAGAGAAUGGAGUAUAUUCUUACUGAUAUAUGGAAAGGGCACAUGUGCAAUGCAAAGCUUCUGAAAAGUAUGCCAGAGCUUUCUGGUGUGCUGCAUCAGUGUCACGUUCUGGCAUCAGAAAUGGUCCAUUUCAUUCAUCAAAUGCAGUAUUACAUUACAUUUGAGGUGCUUGAAUGUUCAUGGGAUGAGCUCUGGAACAAGGUCCAACAAGCACAGGACUUGGAUCACAUCAUUGCAGCUCAUGAAGUUUUUCUGGACACAAUCAUAGCUCGGUGCUUGCUGGAUAGUGACUCCAGGGUACUUCUCAAUCAGCUUCGAGCAGUUUUUGACCAGAUCAUUGAGCUCCAGAAUGCCCAAGAUGCCAUGUACAGAGCUGCUCUGGAGGAGCUGCAGCUGAGGUUGCAAUUUGAAGAGAGGAAAAAACAGCGUGAGCUUGAGGGCAAGUGGGGUGUAACUGCAUCAGAAGAGGAAGAAGAGAACAAGAGGAUGAAAGAAUUUCAAGACUCAAUACCUAAAAUGUGCUCACAGCUGCGAAUACUCACUCACUUUUACCAGGGAAUUGUCCAGCAGUUCUUGGUCCUGCUGACAACCAGUUCAGACGAGAGCCUUCGGUUCCUGAGCUUCAGGCUGGACUUCAACGAGCACUACAAGGCGCGGGAGCCGCGGCUGCGCCUGUCGCUGGGCACGCGGGGCAGGCGCAGCUCGCACAUGUGACACCG